GACUAUCCUGCGCUUAGAGAAGUCCUCCAUAUUUCACUUCGGAGAAGCAUCUAAGCCAUUUCUCAAGGGUGUGAGCUUAGAAAUGCAGCAAAACCAGUCUUGGGCUAUUCUAGGACUACAAAAAACAUCGCUCCUCCGGGCGUUUCUUGGACAACAUCGAGUUGUUCCAGCGCUUCCAUCAGGAAUAUGGCCAUUCCUGUCAAAUUUAGAGCCCCCAAAAGCUCCCGACUCAGGAAUUGCAUUUGUUUCUUUCGCUUACCAACAACGGAGGACAAUCCCGACAGGAGGGGCGUUUUAUGAUUACUCCGCCCGUUAUGGGGCAGUAAGAGAGGAGGAUAAAGUCACGCUUCGAGAGAGUAUCCCCAUUUGUCACCCUAGGACUGGAGCAGCCUUGGAUACGAAUCUACUAGAAACUCUCGCAAAGAGUUUGGCGAUUGAUCAUUUGCUGGAUCUCCCAUUAGUCGUAUUAAGCAAUGGUCAGACGAGGCGCGCAGCAAUUAUGCGGCAACUUCUGCUUGAGCCGGAAGUCCUUAUUUUGGAUGAGCCGUUAACUGGCCUUGAUAUAAAGCAGAGGCCCUCGUUGCUGGAAUUCUUGCAUGGAUUGCAUCGGAGAAAAGAUCCGUGGAUUUUACUUGGUCUCAGACGUCAGGAUCCUUUGCCCGAUUGGGUGACACAUGUUGCUUACGCCCAAGAUAACAAUGUCAUCUCUGGUCACCGGACAAGUGAUUCUGUACGCCCGUUUUUUAGAGCUGACCGGUCGUCGACCAAACGAGUGCCGGAUGCCCUAGCACCGGAGCGUCCUACAAAACACUUUUCCCCUCCCGGUGCCGCUGUUACUGGGAAUCCUCUUAUUCAAAUCCGCGGUCUGAACAUACAAUAUGAAAACAGGAAGAUCCUCAGUGAGCUUGACUGGACAAUUAGAGAAGGUGAACGAUGGCAUCUCACGGGUCCUAAUGGCUCUGGAAAAACGACCCUCCUGUCGGUCCUCACAGGCGACCAUCCACAGUCCUACACUCAAAAGAAUCUGGUGCUCUUUGGCAAGCCUCGAAGGCAAUUGGCCCUCUCCCAGAUUCACAGCCGCAUCGGGAUCUGUUCCCCAGAAAUUUUCAAUGCUUUCCCUAGACGGUCGGGGCCAGAGGGUUUAACUGUCCGCGAUGCCAUCGGAACAGGGUUUGAAAGCAUAUUUUCAUUUAGGCCGAGAACCCCCGAGCAAGAACGACGAAUCGAUGAAGUCCUGCAAAAAUUCAAAGGCGCACUAAGCAACGAUUUUGAUGCUGAUGUACACUUUGGUUCAUUAAGCCAUGGGGAACAGAGUUUCGUGCUUUUUUUAAGGGCAAUCAUUAAUGAACCUCCACUCCUGAUUUUGGACGAGGUGUUUUCUGGGAUGCCGGGGGAAAUGAUCACCGUUACGAAAGAAUUCCUUCGGACGGGGCUUAAACAUGAACAGAGUGUGGUAUUCGUCUCUCACUGGGAUGAAGAGCUACCAUGGCCGACGGAGGUUCGGCGGUUGGUUUUGGGGGAUAAUAAUUGUGAUCAUCGCUAGGAUACGUCAGCCCCUUUCCAGCUAUGAUCGAUUGAAUCCCUCUACCCUCAUUCCCCCUUUCUUCUGACGUAACGUGAUAUCCUCACGGUACCUAGGAUUACGUCGGGUUCAGGACAUUGGUCACACGCGCUUCACCAUAGCUGCGUAAUUAAAAAAUAUUCUCCGAAAUCUGCAGGCAGUUUGGCUCGAGGAACGACAAGAUGCAUCACGUAAUGUUAUCUCAACUAUGAUGUUGAGUCUGUCUCAUCACCCCCAGGGGGAUUCGGUGGUUGGGUGAUCGGGGGAGGCUGGGUAGGUGUUUAGCUGUACAGUGACCCCAGGGACGCCUUUGGCAGAGCAAUGUCGAAACAGAGAAAAGUUUUGAGUGGCCCCUCUUCCUC